UGGUUGAUGACGAUGAAAGUCGUUGGAAGCAUUUUAGUGAUGAAGUUCCACGCAGAUUCGGAAAAAUUCGUAACCUAGAAAAGUUUGAUGCUUCAUUUUUUUCAACUUUACAUAAGCAUGCUAAUUGGACUGAUCCACAAAUGAGAAUUCUUCUUGAACAUGCUUAUGAGUCUAUUUUGGAUGCUGGUGUCUCACCUCAAUCAUUAGUUGGAAGUAAAACAGGAGUUUUUAUUGGCUGCAGUAUUUCGGAUGCUAGAGAUGCGUUUAUACAUCGAGUUCCACCAAAGGAUGGAUAUGUUGUUUUAGGAAGUGGAGGAUUUUACUUUUCAAACCGAAUAUCUUAUGCCCUUGGUCUUUGUGGACCCUCAAUGACAGUUGAUACAGCUUGUUCAAGUUCUGCCUAUGCUCUUGAUACAGCAUUCCGUUAUAUGGAAACAGGUAUUUGUGAUGCAGCACUUGUUGGCGGUUCACAAGUAAUUUUGGACUGUGGCUUAAACAGCGAGUAUAUGAAAUUAAAAAUAUUAGCAAAUGAUGGAAUUUCAAGGCCAUUUGAUGAAGAUGCAAGCGGCUUCACUCGAGCAGAAUCAAUAUCUGUAAUAUUCUUGCAAAAAAGGAAAGAUUCAAAACGGAUCUACGCAAAUGUUGUGUAUAGCAGUUCCAACAAUGAUGGUUUCAAGAAAGAAGGAGCUUCAUUUCCCUCCAAAAUCAUGCAACAGAAAUUGAUUGAAAGUUUUUAUCAAACCAUCAAAUUUGAUCCUGCAAAUGUCAAUUUUGUUGAAGCACACGCAACUGGCACUAAACUUGGAGAUCCUGAAGAACUUGCUGCUAUUGACGAAGUAUUUGCAAAACAAACUGGAAGAUCAAAAACAUUGACAAUUGGAAGUGUAAAAUCCAAUAUGGGACAUGCCGAAGCAGCUUCAGGAAUGGCAUCAAUGGCCAAGAUAAUUCUUUCAUUUGAAAGUCAGAAGUUUCCCCCAAACAUAAACUUGAAAUCACCUCGAUCUGAUGUUGCUGGAUUUUCUGAAGGACGAAUUAAAGUCGCGACAGAAGUUGAGGAUCUUGAUAGUGAAUUUAUUGCAAUGAAUUCGUUUGGUCUUGGAGGUGGAAAUGCACAUUCACUUUUCAGAGGAAAUCCAAAAGUCAAAUCAAAAUUUGGUAUUCCUGAUGAUGAACUUGGUAGAAUGGUGUUAUGGUCAGGCAGAACAGAAGCUGCAAUAAAUGCAAUUUUCGAUGAUAUCACACAACGUCCACUUGAUGCUGAACAUAUUGCACUUCUCCAGAAUUCUCAAACACAAACAACAAAUGCCAACACUUAUCGUGGAUAUGGAAUGUUCAUUAAUGACAAAAGUGAAGGAAAAGCAGUUUGUGUGAAGCAAAACAUUCAGUAUUUCAAUGGAUCACGACGUCCAGUUGUAUUUGUGUAUAGUGGAAUCGGAAGUCAAUGGCUUGGAAUGGGACGAGAUUUGAUGAAAAUUCCUCUAUUUGCUCAAUCAAUUGAGAAAUGCCAUGGCAUACUGAUGAAUAAAGGAAUCGACUUAGAGAACAUCUUAACAUCAACUGACGAGCACACAUUCAGUAAUGUCUUGCAUUCAUAUGUUGGAAUUAUUGCAAUUGAAAUCGCACUUACUGACAUUCUGAAGGAAUUGAAUAUUGUUCCUGAUUACAUCAUUGGACAUUCAGUUGGUGAAUUAGGUUGUGCUUAUGCUGACAAUUGUUUGACUGUUGAAGAAACACUAUUAGCAGCUUAUGCUCGAGGUGAAGCCAGUAGAGAAUCUCAAACUAUUCGUGGUGCAAUGGCAGCUGUUGGAAUGAAUCAUCUGAAGCUUAAGGAAAUCGUUCCUGAUGACAUUGACAUUGCAUGUCAUAAUGGUGAAGACUCAAGCACAAUCAGUGGGCCUGUCAAAAGUGUUUAUGCAUUUAUUGAAAAGCUUAAGGAAGAUAAAAUAUUUGUAAAAGAAGUUGCAUGCUCAGAUGUUCCAUUGCAUAGUCGAUACAUCAAAGAAAUGGGUCAAAAUUUACAAAACAAAUUAAAGGAAAUAAUCAGGGAACCAAAAAUGCGAUCUGAAAAGUGGUUGAGCUCAACAUAUGCUGAAGAUUUGUGGAAGGUAGAUGAAGCAGCAUUUUGCUCAGCUGAAUAUCAAACAACAAAUCUCUUGAAUCCAGUUCUGUUUCAAGAAGUCACUCAAAAGUUACCGAAAGAUGCAUUGCUGAUGGAAGUGGCUCCUUCUGGAUUGUUGAGGGCUAUUUUGAAAAGAAGUUUUACAGAUGGAGUGUAUGCGAAUUUAACUGAGAAGAAUUCAAAUGAUGGUUAUUCUCUUUUUAUGGAAUGUCUUGGACGAAUCUUCGAAUAUGGAGUUGAUAUGGACAUAUUGAAAUUAUAUCCAUCAAUAAGUUUUCCUGUCUCUCGAGGAACGCCAAUGAUUGCACCUAUUAUUAAGUGGAAUCACGAAGAUAAUCAUUUUGUGCCUUAUUUUGAUUCAUAUAAUGCUUACGAAAGACGGAACAUUGUAAUCAAUAUAAGUGAUAAGCAUUUUGAAUUGAUUCAAGGACAUAUUGUCGAUGGUCGUGUGAUUUUUCCAGCGACUGGCUGGAUACAUAUUGUAUGGGAAACCUAUGCUCGCAUGAUUGGAGUUUACUUUGAGAAAAUGAAAGUGGUUCUAGAAGAUAUACAUUUUUUAAGAGCUACUCCUUUGGUUAAAAAUCAGGAUUUAUUGAUAACAAUUUCAAUUCAUCGUGGAUCUGGAAGAUUUGAAAUUAUUGAAGGAAAUUCUACAGUUGUUUACGGUUGCAUUAAGCAGAUGGAAAACAUAGAAAUGUCUGAUGUCACACCAAUUAAUGACGACGUUUACAUUUUCUCAGGAGAAGGAUUCUACAAAGAAAUGCGUAUUUGUGGAUUUACACAUUUGGGAUUAUUCAAAGGUGUUACAGAAAUGCAGCUUAAUGGAUUAAAAGGAAAGAUCAAAUGGAUGAAAAACUGGACAACAUUUUUGGAUACAAUUACACAUUUCAAUUAUGAAAGAAUUCUUCAUUCUAGAGGACUGAGAGUACCGAUAAGAAUUAAAAAAUUUGUCAUCAAUCCAAUUUUGCAUUAUGAGAUGGUUGAGGAAAAAAUUAAGCAGCAGUCUUGUAAUAAAAAUACAAAAAUCGAUGCGAAAGACAAAAGUCCUGAUAUCAUAUUCGAUGUAGUUGUUUGUCCAUAUCGAAACAUUAUUAGUGCUGGUGGCAUUGAAAUUCAUGGAAAAACUAAUCAGCUUAUGUCUCGUAGACGUUUGAACAAACCAUCACUUGAGAUUUACAAAUUCGUUCCAUUUUUUUCAAGCGAACCUAUGUCUUUGGAUAAUGCUGCAAAAACAAUUGCUCAAAUGAUUAUUGAAGAUUUAAGUCAAAUUAAGUUUUCAAUAUUAGAGAUUGAUGAUAACAAAAUUGAUGAACAACAACUUUUAAGUGAUCAUUUGCAAAAAGCUAUUAGCGAAAUACCUCAAAUAACAUCUGACAUUACUUUAAUUACAUCCAGGAAUAACUUUGGUUUGAAAGGAGUUAAUAUAAGUUCAGAAGAUUUAUCUUCGUUUAAUGGAGUUGAUCUGCUUAUUAAAAGCAAUAUUUUAAGUGAUGAUAAUGCUUUAGAAGAGAUCAAGUUGAUCAUGAACAAUAAUGGAUAUAUAAUUUCAAGAGAAGAUCAGGAUUACUCUAAUGUCGAAAAUGAAGAUUAUAGAACCGUCGCUAAAAUUUGCACAGCUUUUGAUGAAAUUCUUUACAUAAUCCAGUUCAAAAAUGUUUCAAAUAACAGUUACAAUAUUAUCGAAAUAACUUCAAACGUGAAUGACUGGAUUGAACCACUGAAAAAAUCACUCAAAGAAUCUCCAACAAUAUUGUUUGCUUACAAUCAGGAGCCAUCAGGAAUUUUAGGCUUUACUAAAUGUCUCAAACAGGAGUAUCUUAAUAAACUUAAAUGUUUCUUCAUCAUGGAUACUGAGAAUGCUCCUUCAGCUUUUGAUAUUCAUCACAAAUUUUUCAAAGAUCAAAAUCAUGCAUUAAAUGUGUUUAAAGACUGUAAAUGGGGAGGAUAUAGACAUUUGAGCUUGUCAGCAGCUAACAAUUCAUCUUCACAAUCCUCACACUUUUAUGCAAAUUGUCAGGUUAAAGGUGAUUUAUCAACAUUUGCUUGGUUCCAAGGAUCAUUUGAUAUCAAUGAUGUAAGUUUAGAUCUUAUAAAAAUUCAAUACUCAUUGCUCAAUUUUAAGGAUGUUAUGCUGGCUCUUGGAAAAAUUUCUGAUGUUCGAGAUAGGAAAAUUUAUAAGCAAGAAGCAUAUUUGGGUUUUGAAUUUUCUGGGUUAAAACAAAAUGGUGAAAGAGUGAUGGGAAUCGCAGUCGGUGCUGGUGCUUUAGCAACUUAUUAUGAUGCCAGCAAUGCAAUAUUAUGGAAUGUUCCUGAUUCAUGGACAAUGGAAGAAGCAGCAACUGUGCCACUUGUAUACUUUACAGUUUAUUUUGCAUUCUUCAACACAACAACAAUUAAAGCUGGAAAGAAAAUCUUAAUUCAUUCUGGAAGUGGUGGAGUUGGACAAGCAGCAAUUGAAGUUGCAUUUGCUUAUGGACUAGAAGUCUACACAACUGUCAGCAAUGAAGAUAAGAAGAACUUUUUGAUAAAAAGAUUUCCAAAAUUGAAACCUGAAAACAUUGGAAAUUCUCGAAAUACAACUUUUGAGAAAAUGGUUCUUGAAAAUACAGAAGGCAAAGGCGUUGAUUAUGUCUUGAACUCAUUAUCUGGUGACAAACUUAAAGCAUCAAUCAGCUGUUUAGGAAUAAAUGGUGUAUUCUUAGAAAUUGGAAAAUAUGACAUUCAAAAUGCAACAAAUCUUGACAUGGGAUUUUUGAGUAAACGUAUAAAACUCAGUGCAGUUAUUUUUGAUGAGCAGUUAGCUGAACCUGAUGAGAUUAAGUUCAUUCAUGAUCUUGUCGAUAAAGACAUCAAAUCAGGCAUCAUAAAACCCUUGAAUACAACAGUCUUUGAUGCAGAUAAGAUUGAAGAUGCUUUUAGAUAUUUAGGAAGUGGUCAACACAUAGGAAAAGUUCUUCUUAAAAUUAGAGAAAAUGCUAAUGAUGUGAUGUCAUUACCCAUUCCUACUUUCAAACGAGUCUAUUGUUGCUCCAAUAAGUCUAUUAUAAUUACUGGUGGUCUUGGUGGCUUUGGAUUUGAGUUAACUGAAUGGCUCAUAUCAAGAGGAUGCACGAAAUUUAUAUUGAGUUCAAGGAGAGGAAUCCAUAAUAAUGAUCAGGCAUUGAAAAUACGAUAUUGGAAUUCUUGUGGAUUGUCAGUGGUUGUAAGUACAUCGAAUAUUACAACAGAACAAGGAUGUGAAGAAGUGAUCAGACAAGCUAUGAAGCUUGGGCCAGUUGAUGCUAUUUUUCAUCUUGCUGCUGUUCUUAGAGACGGAAUCUUUGAAAAUUUAGAUGAACAAAUGUUUAACGAAUCUUUGGCACCAAAAUCACUUGGAACCAAAUAUCUAGAUAAAUUAUCAAGAGUUCUAUGUCCAGAUCUAAAACAUUUUGUUGUAUUCUCAAGUGUCUCUUGUGGACGAGGUAAUGCUGGUCAAAGUAAUUAUGGAAUGGCAAAUUCAGUCAUGGAAAGAAUAAUAGAGAACAGACAUCGAGAUGGACUGCCUGGUAAAGCUGUACAAUGGGGUGCAAUUGGUGAUGUAGGAAUGCUUGCAGAUUAUCAAUUGAUGAAUGUAGAUAAAGACUUUGGUGGAACUUUACCACAGCCAAUUUAUUCAUGUUUUGAAGUUCUUGACACUCUUUUGACGUCAGAAGACCCAAUAGUAUCAAGCAUGAUUGUUGCGGACAAAAGGUUAGGAGAUUUAAACAAAGGCAACAUAAUUGAUAUGAUAUUCAAGGUUAUGGGAAUUCGAGAUAGAAAAUCAGUAUCGAUGGAUUCAACGCUGACUCAGCUAGGUAUAGAUUCAUUAACUGGAGUUGAAAUUCAAUACAUAAUUGAGCAUGAAUUUGACAUAACAUUAACAUCUCAAGAGAUUAGAUCUUUAACUUUAAGUCAGCUUGAAAAACGAGUUACGUCCAAAGAUUCGAAAGAUUCAAAACAAAAAAGUGUUGAUGUUGAAACCAGCAUGGCUGAAAAAGUUGAAUGGAUGAGACUCUUAAUGGAAGGUGUUGUCGAUCCUAAAACACUUGAACUUGUUACUGCAGAUACAAUUGUGCAUGCAAAUAUUAUUUUACACUCAAAUACUAAAAUUGUAAUAGUUCCUGGAUUUUUUGGAUUUGCAUCAACUGUUUUUAAAAAUAUUGGCAAGGAAAUGGACUUUCCUGCAUAUGUUUUGCAAUAUGUUAAUUUCCGUGAAUGCACAAAUCUUGAGGAAAUAAUGAAAAAAAUAGCUCCAAUUCUUUUGGAUUUAUUUUCUGAUGUUGAUAAUUUUAUAUUGAUUGGACACUCGUAUGGCUGUCUUUUAACCAUGAAAAUGGCAGAAGUAUUGGAAGAAAAUGGAAAAUCAGGACAGAUCAUUCAAAUUGAUGGCUCACCUAUUCUUAGCAACAUUCUUGCACUACAAGCUAAGAAUACUGAUUAUUAUGCUGAUGUAAACAACUACAUAUCAAUGAUGCUGUUUAGAUUUUAUCAGCAACAUGUUGAUCUAAGUAUUUCUAAGGCUGCAUUUGAAAGUCAUUCAAUUUGGACAGAAAGAUUCAAAGAAAUGAUUGCACGUUCUAAAGACUUAAUUCCUUUAUCACAUGACUACAUGAUUGAAAAAGUUGCAUCUGCGUACAUGUCCCGAUUAGAUAUUGCAGCCAAUUUUGAAAUGGAAGACUUUUCGAUCUUAAAAACAACAAAAAUCGCUUUGAUUAAAGCAACAAAAUCAAUAGACAAAGAAAUUUCAAAUGAUUAUGGACUAUCUAAGUUUUGUAGUAAUGAAGUAGUUAUAAAAAUUGUAUCUGGUGAUCAUGUGACAAUACUCUUGAAUCCAGAAAUUUCACAGGUUAUUAAAGGGGUAAUAUCGGUUUAGGUAUAUUUGGAUCUGUAGUUUUAUAGUAUAAUUUAUUGAAUAAAUUAGAAGGAAGAGAAAAAUAAAAAUAAAUUUUUAACAGCUUUUUUUAUUUUAAAACUGGAACAGAAUGAAUUUAAGUUACACAAAAUAA